CAUCUUUCCCGUGCGGCGGCGUGUGACGUCAAUUGCGGCGGAGGGUGCUGGAUCUCAGGCGGUUGGCUGCAUUGCCCGCGUUCGGUGACGGUGAAACGUGAGCAGUUAGAGGUCGAAUAGCGAAGCGUUACCCGUUACAGAGCUGUCUAUCAGACCCCGACGUCGCCAGAGCCUUUUUGGAGCCGGUACAUCAUGAGCGUGGAGGCGUACGGGCCCAGCUCGCAGACCCUCACCUUCCUGGACACGGAGGAGGCCGAGCUUCUGGGGGCCGACACUCAGGGCUCGGAGUUCGAGUUCACCGACUUCACUCUGCCCAGCCAGACUCAGGGGCAGACUCAAAGCCAGCUUGACGGGCAGGUUAAUGGCCCAGAUGGUAUACUACAGAAUGGCACAGUGGAUGAUGGCGUGGGGAAAACAAGUCAGCUGCUGGGUGAGCUGAACUUUGAGGAAGAUGAAGAAGACACAUAUUAUACAAAGGAUCUUCCGGUGCAUGCCUGCAGCUAUUGUGGCAUUCAUGAUCCAGCUUGUGUGGUCUACUGCAACACAAGUAAAAAAUGGUUCUGCAAUGGACGUGGUAACACCUCUGGCAGCCACAUUGUGAAUCAUUUGGUAAGAGCAAAGUGUAAAGAGGUCACUCUGCACAAGGAUGGACCACUUGGCGAGACUGUGUUGGAAUGCUACAAUUGUGGAUGCCGAAAUGUGUUUCUCCUGGGAUUCAUUCCAGCUAAGGCAGAUUCUGUCGUUGUGCUUCUGUGCAGGCAACCAUGUGCAAGUCAGAGCAGUUUGAAGGACAUUAACUGGGACAGUUCCCAGUGGCAGCCUCUUAUUCAGGACCGUUGCUUCCUCUCCUGGUUGGUGAAGAUCCCUUCUGAACAAGAGCAGCUCAGAGCUCGCCAAAUCACUGCUCAGCAAAUAAACAAACUGGAAGAGUUAUGGAAGGAAAACCCUUCUGCCACAUUGGAGGAUCUGGAAAAGCCUGGUGUUGAUGAGGAACCUCAACAUGUUCUGCUUCGUUAUGAAGAUGCUUAUCAGUACCAAAAUAUAUUUGGGCCUCUUGUUAAACUUGAAGCGGACUAUGACAAAAAACUGAAAGAAUCUCAGACACAAGAUAACAUAACAGUGCGAUGGGACCUUGGCCUCAACAAGAAGAGGAUUGCUUACUUCACUUUGCCCAAAACUGAUUCUGAUAUGCGUUUAAUGCAAGGAGACGAAAUAUGCUUGAGAUACAAAGGUGACCUUGCACCUUUGUGGAAAGGAAUUGGACAUGUGAUUAAGGUCCCUGACAACUAUGGUGAUGAAAUUGCCAUAGAGCUGAGAAGCAGCGUCGGUGCUCCGGUGGAAGUUACUCACAAUUUCCAAGUGGAUUUUGUAUGGAAGUCAACAUCAUUUGAUCGGAUGCAGAGUGCGUUGAAAACUUUUGCAGUAGAUGAGACUUCAGUUUCUGGUUACAUUUAUCACAAACUUCUGGGUCAUGAGGUGGAAGAUGUAAUUAUAAAAUGUCAGCUUCCCAAGAGGUUCACUGCACAGGGACUUCCAGAUCUCAACCAUUCACAGGUUUACGCAGUGAAGACCGUUCUUCAACGACCUCUAAGUCUCAUUCAGGGGCCGCCUGGGACUGGAAAAACUGUAACUUCUGCAACAAUUGUGUAUCAUCUUGCUAGACAAGGAAAUGGCCCGGUCUUGGUGUGUGCUCCAAGCAAUAUUGCUGUAGAUCAACUCACUGAGAAAAUACACCAAACGGGACUCAAAGUUGUUCGUCUCUGUGCAAAGAGCCGUGAAGCCAUUGAUUCUCCAGUUUCUUUCUUGGCACUGCACAAUCAGAUCCGCAACAUGGAAAGUAUGCCAGAACUUCAGAAAUUGCAGCAAUUGAAAGAUGAGACAGGAGAACUGUCAUCGGCUGAUGAGAAACGAUACAGAGCUCUUAAAAGAACAGCAGAACGAGAAUUACUUAUGAACGCGGAUGUAAUUUGCUGUACAUGUGUUGGUGCAGGAGAUCCUAGGCUUGCUAAAAUGCAAUUCCGGUCGAUUUUGAUUGAUGAAAGUACUCAAGCCACAGAGCCUGAAUGUAUGGUGCCAGUUGUGCUGGGAGCCAAACAGCUAAUACUUGUAGGAGAUCACUGUCAGCUUGGUCCAGUUGUGAUGUGUAAAAAAGCUGCAAAGGCUGGACUGUCUCAGUCACUGUUUGAGAGACUUGUGGUUCUUGGCAUCAGACCAAUUCGCCUUCAGGUUCAGUACAGGAUGCAUCCCGCCCUUAGUGCUUUUCCAUCAAACAUUUUCUACGAAGGUUCCCUUCAAAACGGAGUAACUGCAGCGGAUCGUGUGAAGAAAGGCUUUGACUUCCAGUGGCCACAACCAGACAAGCCAAUGUUUUUUUACGUCACCCAGGGACAAGAAGAGAUUGCCAGUUCAGGGACUUCUUAUCUAAACAGGACAGAAGCUGCUAAUGUUGAGAAAAUUACUACCAAACUUUUGAAGGCAGGCGCCAAACCAGACCAGAUUGGUAUAAUUACUCCAUAUGAAGGGCAGAGGUCCUACUUGGUUCAGUACAUGCAGUUCAGUGGCUCUUUGCACACUAAGCUAUACCAGGAGGUGGAAAUUGCCAGUGUAGAUGCUUUUCAAGGAAGAGAGAAAGAUUUUAUUAUCCUUUCUUGUGUUCGUGCGAAUGAGCACCAGGGAAUAGGUUUUUUAAACGAUCCCCGUCGCUUGAAUGUGGCAUUGACGAGAGCACGGUAUGGUGUAAUCAUUGUGGGCAACCCAAAGGCACUUUCAAAGCAACCCCUGUGGAACCACCUUCUAAAUUACUACAAGGAACAAAAAGUCCUUGUUGAAGGACCUCUCAACAAUCUUAGAGAAAGUCUCAUGCAAUUUAGCAAACCUCGCAAACUUGUAAAUACCAUUAAUCCUGGGGCACGUUUUAUGACAACAGCGAUGUAUGAUGCCCGUGAAGCAAUAAUCCCUGGUUCUGUGUAUGACCGGAGUAGUCAAGCUCGACCUUCAAACAUGUACUUUCAAACUCAUGAUCAGAUCGGCAUGAUUAGCUCUGGACCCAGUCAUGUAACUGCCAUGAACAUUCCUAUACCAUUUAAUUUGGUCAUGCCUCCAAUGCCUCCUCCAAGUUAUUUUGGACAGGCCAAUGGACCAACUGCAGCUCAUUCAUACAUUGACCGUAUUUCCCAAGGUCGUGGAAUGACUAAAGGGAAAUCACCCCGUGGUGGACGCCAGAAACAGAGGGGCAUUGGGCUUCAAGGCAUGAGUCAGGGAAAUAUGCCAAAUAGUCAGGCCAGUCAAGAUGUUGUAUCCCAACCAUUCUCUCAAGGACCCCUUACCCAAGGAUACAUAUCCAUGAGCCAGCCAUCACAAAUGAGCCAGCCAGGGCUUUCUCAACCAGAAUUAUCACAGGAUAGCUACCUUGGUGAUGAAUUUAAGUCUCAGAUUGAUGUUGCGUUAUCGCAGGACUCCACUUACCAGGGGGAGCGCGCCUAUCAACUUGGAGGUGUGACUGGGCUGUCACAGUACUAGUGUGUUGAAGACGAGCUAAGCCCGCGUGGAACUUAGUUCAUCCACAUUUUAUUCUGAGUAAUAAAAAAAUAAACGGAUACCUGUUU